AUGUCAUCCUCAAAACAAAGUGCUGAAAGCGAAUAUGAAAUCGCUUAUCGUUCCACUAUCCAGCCGCGUACAGCAGUACGUACUCAGAGCCGACAAUCCGGAAACUACAGUAGUGGUACGGUGGUCGGCGGAGGCGGCGAUAGAUUGGUUGGAAAGCGAAUCAGUAUUUGGCCAUCUUUUUUUAUCGAAAUGAGAUAUCCAUAUUCUGUCAAGGCAUAG